AUGUUUGUUUUAUUUGCCCUUGCUGUGCUUGACACAGUAAAUAUUGAUCUUUUAGACACACCUCCUCCAGUUAUCCCAGAUAGAACACCAGAACCUUCAGGUUCUCCAUUACCUUCUCCAACAAGAAUUAUUGUAAUACAACCAAAUCCUGACAGCAAUAAAGUUUCUACGUGGCUAAUAGUAUGUACAACAAUUAUUUGCGUAAUUAUUGUAAUUACUAUUGUGUCUGUAAUAGUUUUAUGUUUUAGACAAAAUAAAGGAGAAAUCUAUGCACAUAACACAUCAUCUACUAAACAGCAUGAGGCUGGAACUGUUGAAAUACGCUCUAUUUAUUCAGUUCAAAAAUCAAUUCGAGCAACAGCUGCAAAAUAA